UGAAGUUUAGUUGAGCUGUUGUGUGUUUGUGCCUCUGAAUUCAUGCAGUAAAAUGGCAGAAGCCAGGUUUUGUCAGGAUGAGUUGACAUGUCCAGUGUGUCUGGAUCUUCUGAAGGAUCCAGUGACCAUCCAGUGUGGACACAGUUACUGUAAGAGCUGUAUUACAGGCUGCUGGGAUCAGGAGGAUCAGAUGAGAGUCUACAGCUGCCCUCAGUGCAGACAGACCUUCAGUCCAAGACCUGCUUUAGCUACAAGCACCAUGCUGACUGAACUGGUGGAGAAACUGAAGAAGCUUAAACUUCCUGCUGACUGUGAUGCUGGAAAUGGAGAUGUGCAGUGUGACGUCUGUACUGGAACAAAAUACAAAGCCGUCAAGUCCUGUCUGAUGUGUUUGAACUCUUAUUGUCAGAAUCACCUUGAGGAACAUGAGAGUUGGUUUAAAGGAAAGAGACACAAUCUGACUGAUGCCACUGGACGACUGCAGGAGAUGAUCUGCCAGAAACAUGAGAAGCUCCUUGAGGUUUUCUGUCGCACUGACCAGAAAUGUAUAUGUGUGCUGUGUACGAUGGAUGAACAUAAAAACCACGACACUGUAUCAGCUGCAGCACAGAGGACAGAGAAACAGAAGCAGCUGAAGGAGACGCAGAAGACGUUCCAGCAGAGAAUCCAGCAGAGAGAGAAAGAUCUUCAGCAGCUGAGAGAGGUUGUGGAGUCUCAUAAGCGCUCUGCACAGACAGCAGUGGAGGACAGUGAGAGGAUCUUUACUGAGCUCAUCCGCUCCAUUGAGAGAAGCCGCUCUGAGCUGAUACGACUGAUCAGAGAUCAGGAAAAGCGAGCGGUGAGUCGAGCUGAAGGACGACUGGAGCGACUGGAGCAGGAGAUCAAUGAUCUGAGGAGGAGAGACGCUGAGCUGGAGCAGCUUUCACACACACAGGAUCACAUCCAGUUCCUGCAGAGUUUCCAGUCUCUCUCAGCACCUCCUGAAUUUAUAAAUGUAAAUGCCAAUCCCUUCAAUUCUCUUAUCUCUUUUGAUGGUCUGAGAGAAUCUGUCGAUCAGCUGAGAAACAAACUGGAGGAUUUCUGCAAAGAGGAGCUCAAGAAGAUCUCAGACAGAGUCACAUUCACCAACAUUGUUCCCAGAACCAGGAACGACUUCCUACAAUAUUCCCAUCAGCUCACUCCGGAUCUGAACACAGCAUAUAAACGCCUCCUUCUGUCUAAGAGAAACAGAGUGAUUACUUACACUGGCACAGAUCAGUUGUAUCCUGAUCAUCCAGACAGAUUUGAUUAUUUUCUUCAGGUGUUGUGUAGAGAGAGUGUGUGUGGACGCUGUUACUGGGAGCUGGAGUGGAGUGGAGAUAAAGGUGUGCGUAUAUCAGUGUCAUAUAAGAGCAUCAGCAGAAAGGGACGGGGUAAUGAGUGUUUGUUUGGAUGUAAUGAUCAGUCUUGGAGUUUGAUCUGUUCUCCCUCCAGUUACUCAUUCUGGCACAAAAACAUACAGACUGAUCUCCCUGUAAAAUCCAUCAGCAGUAGAAUAGGAGUGUUUGUGGAUCACAGUGCAGGAACUCUGUCCUUCUACAGCGUCUCUGACACAAUGAGCCUCAUCCACACAGUCCAGACCACAUUCACUCAGCCGCUCUAUCCUGGGUUUUUGGUUGGUUUUGGAUCAUCAGUGAAACUGUGUUGAUGAAUCAGAAUAUAUUGAGAGAUAAGAGAUUCCACCCAUAAUGCUUUGAGCUGCAUGAUAAAUCAGUAACAGUGAGAUGUUACAGAGUCUCUUCUUUUCUCUGCAUUUUAUAAAUACUGCAAUGAAUUACUGAAAUAAAUUUGUAUUAUUAUUUUCAGUAGUCGCCUCACUGGCUGGAGUAGCAGGUCAUUUGCUCUGUUAGCAGUGCUGUGCAGUAACUGAUUACAUGUAAUCUGGAUUCCAAAUAUUUAGUACUUGUAAUUGGACCAUAUUGCAUUUUAAAAUGCUCAUAAUCAGAUUACAGUUACUUUUUUCAUCACCUACAUUAUUACAUAUUAUUCACACAAUAGCAAUAAAUUAAUAAUUUAUUGAUUGUCCCUAAUUACUUAAAUGUUUUUUUUUAAAUUGUAUUAAUUUUAAUAAAAAAAAAGGCCUAAUUA